UAAAUAAACAAACAGUUGCUUAAAAUUAUUGAGUUACAUCGCCGUAUGUCAUAAAAUACCAAUCGGCGUUAUAAAAUAGCAACGGCAUCCCGUGAGUUAUAAACUAACAUGACAUUGUUGCCACUACCUAAAUUAUGUGGAAACCUUUCUAAAGUAAAAUUGAUUUAUUUGCCGUACAACACACAUGUACACACCGCCUUUGUAAAAAUGUUUUAUCCAAAGUCACCUUUCUUGCGCUAUCCUCUUGUUGAAUCAGAAAUAUGUAAAGGGAAUUUUGCUUUACUGGAGCAUUUGUUACCAUGGUUAUGCCAAAGUCCACGCAUUACCACGUAUAGGGUGAAUCUUUUGAAAACAUCCGUUGAAAAGUUUCAAAACUAUGUCGAAACUUUACUCAGACAGCACUACACAACACCGCCAAAAGUAUUCUUCUUGCCCGAUAUACCGGAGGUUGUUUGUAUAGACUCAUCUAAAGAAACAUGUGUUGGUCCCUUUAAAGGACAAAAGGAAAUUGUUGUAGACUGCUGUUGUGGAGGAGCUAUUUUAAGAGGUGCUCAUAUAUAUGCCAUUGGAGUUUUGGGUAUGGAGUCGGACACAAAAUUGGACGAUAUGGUAAAUGUAUACGCGGAUUUAUCUGGCAAAUGCAAGAAAGGUUUGAAGGUACACUACGAUUCAAAAGAAAAAAUAUAUUUGGGCCAGGGCAAAGUACUUAUGCAAAGGUAUCAAAUAUUUAGAAAUGGGGGCCCUUCGGCAGGAGUGGCCGUUAAAAUGCUUAGCACAAUAUCUGGUGUACCCUCUAUAGGAGAUUUGAGUAGCUCGGAAGCGCUGUUGCAGAACCUCCCUUCCAUAAUUUGCGCGAGAAUUCUUAAUCCACAAGAAGGCGAAAUAGUAUUGGAUAUGUGUUCUGCACCCGGAAAUAAAACUGGACAUCUAGCUGAACUUAUGAAGGAUCGUGGAGUGCUGGUGGCUCUAGACAAAACCGAGACCAAAAUAUCAUUGGUUAAAGAAAUGAUACUUCGAAAUAGUCUAAGCUCUGUGAAAGCGUACGCCUAUGAUUCCACCAAAUCGUUUUCGGACGUUAUCACUCACAAUGAUGCCGACUUUAGGCCUCCAUUUAAAGCUGAAACAUUUGAUAGGAUUUUAUUAGAUGCACCCUGCAGUGCAUUGGGAAUUCGACCCUUGCUGACCAAUAACAUAUCCCCAAAAAUGCUGAAAUCUUAUGCUAAUGUUCAAAGAAAAUUAUUUGCAAAUGCCGUAAAACUUCUUCGAAAAGGUGGUACUAUGAUUUAUAGUACCUGUACUGUUAAUGUAGCCGAAAAUGAAGAAAUCGUUGUCUGGGCUUUAAGGAAAUUCCCUGAAUUAACUUUGCAGUCAUCAGAACCCAUCUACGGAGAUCUCGGUUGGCCUUGCGAAGGACUGCUGGAGGAUGAUCGAACAAAACUGCAACGUUUCGGACCAAAUAAUAAAAUAUCUAUUGACACAGUCGGCUUUUUUAUAGCAAAAUUUUUGAAGAGAAACUGAUGUAGUUUAAACCUAUGCUUUAUUGUUGUUAGAUCAUAAAAAUCAAAUUUAAAUACAGAUUAGCCUAUAAAUUAAUGUUUUUAUCUUUAUUUAUGUUUAUAAUCAGUUUAAUUAGAAAACGAAUUUAAAUUCUAUGUUGUUUACUUUUUGUUUGCGUAUCAAUAGCCGACAAUCAAUUAUAUGGUAUAUCCAUUAAAUUGGAUAAAAAUAUGAAACUCUUCUAAUGAAUGUAUCCUGUUGCAUGAGCUUAGUGCAUUAAACAGAAUGAUAAAAAACAACUUAACGAAACGAGGAUUUAAAUAAUGUACAAUAUUUUAAGUAUGAGUGAAGAUAAACGUUUACAUUUGAUUACUGCAAAUAAAGUUACGUUAACUCGCAAUGACCUCCCCAAAUAA